ACAGUAUACAAAACAUACUCAGAUAGGGCGGUGUCUUACACUGUACUUCAUUAGUACUAAUUAGAAGUUACUGAAGAUAAGUGUUGGAACAGAUGGCAGAUCCACCAACUUAUACAUCUGAGGGUCCAUUCUUCGACACAGAAUUUGCUACAACUAAGUAUGGAUUGGCAAGAAUUUCACAAUUUGCGAUUGCAUUAUUGAGUUUGAUUUUAGUGGAGAUCCCGAGCUGUUCGUGGAAACGAAGUGUUAGUUUCUUUGUGUUCAUAGCUUCGGCUUCAUUAGUAUUUUCGGUAGUUAUCCUCAUAUUAUUUUGCACCCGAUUUCAUGAACAAGUGGCCAAAUACAUCAAUAUGCCGCUCACGUUAUUAGUAAAUGAAGCAAUUGCUGUAAUUUUAUGGACAAUCGCGUCGUUACUAAUCGUAUUUGUCAGUUGUGACGGAUCGGGACCUAAAGUUGCCUUCAUUUUAGCCGGAAUAUUAGGAUUUCUGGGAGCCGUGGCUUUUGCUUAUUCGGCACAAAUAUCGUACAAUUGGUUUAAAAAUGGAUCACUAAAUACUAUAUAA